CUAGUACAAUAUUUGUACAGGGGUAAUGCUUUCAUGAAAUAUUAGAAAACAGUACGUAUUGGACAGAGUUGACAUACAUGUUUGUAGCCCCAUACAGACGAAGGGAAAUUCGAAAAAAAUGCACAACGCAUCAUAAUUCAUGGGUUAAUGAUUCAUGUUUCAAAUUCCAAAGUCCAAGACGACUUCUCGUCAGUGCUAUAAAGUUACCAAACCAAUAUACGAUAGUCGUUAGUGGACUUUUAUUCUACCUGUUUUGAAGAGAGACAGGUGUUAGACCAUGUCAGUGUAUGUCAGCACGCUAUUGAGGUGGUCUGUGUUACAGAUUCUGUUGGUCAUUUGCUGUAUGGUCAGUGAUGGUCAAGCUGUAGACGUUUCCACAGCCCUUGGUCCGAUCCGAGGGUUCGCCACGACAAUGGACGACGGGACCGUCCUAAACACUUUCCUCGGUGUGCCCUUCGCAGCACCCCCGACGGGAAACCUGAGGUUCCGCCCUCCUCAGCCGCACCAGUGUUGGACCGAUGUCUACGAUGCCACAAGGUUCGGACCAGCAUGUCUGCAGUACCCAAGGAGCGCUACAACGUCAGUGAUUCCUUACGACCCCAGUCUUGACGACAUCAAUGUUUCCGAAGAUUGUUUGAACUUGAACGUGUAUGGUCCGCAGGUGUCGGGCAGUGAUCCCUUACUUCCCGUCAUGCUCUACUUUCAUGGAGGUGCACACGUUGCUGGAGCCAACAAGAGGCAAGACGGGAGUUUACUGGCACAGAAAGGAGUCAUCGUGGUCAUCACCAACUAUCGCCUUGGAGCGCUAGGAUUUUUCAGCACCGGAGAUUCCAGCGCUCCAGGAAACUACGGGCUGUUGGACCAACUGGAAGCCAUGAAGUGGGUUCGUGAGAACAUCUGGGCAUUCGGUGGCAGCCCCGAUCGGGUGACCAUAUUUGGUGAAAGUUCAGGGGCAGCAAGCACCUCUCUGCACCUGUUGUCUCCGCUCAGUAGAGGCUAUUUUCUUCAGGCCAUCCUACAGAGCGGCGCCUCUACCAGCCCGUGGGCCGUCCUACUGCCGGAGUACGAGCCUCAGAAGUACACAGACGAACUGGCCAAGCAGAUGGACUGUAGUACGCAGAUAGAACACGUGACUCAGUGA